UCGAGGUCUCGGGCGCCCCGAGGCGGAUGCCACCAUCGUGACACGACACCGAGUACCGCUACUCCAGAUUGAUCAAAAUCACUUGUGUUUACUGUUAGAUUUUCAACAUGUUGCGAUAUUCAAAAAGGGCGACGCUGCGACUGCUCAGCCUCCCGACGUCACCGAGGGAGGCCGCCUGGGUACUGACCGUUGCUACUAUAGGACGAAUCCGCCCCAUGCCCCUCGUGCUCCCUCCCUAGCUCAUCCUCCGUACACCCUCGAGUCGAUCUUACCUUCAGCGCCAUCUACGCGUCGCUUCUAUUUCUGGUGCUUAGCAAGUGCCCUCCAUACCUGAGGCCUUCAAUGGGCCCGUCGCCCUCUUAGCCUUGCUCCCUCGACCACUGCGACAUGUUCGACCAUUUUUCUGAACCGAUUUAUGAGACGGUAAUGAGACGAGAUGGAGGAGAGAAGCGGACACAAGACGGUUAUGUUUGUCCUUCGCAAUGCCCAGGUGGCUUUGAAGAGACCCAGCACAUGGAGCACGAGCUCGAGGUACCGUCGCAACACUAUGGGUCGCUUGAAGAGCUUGGGCCGUGCUCAACAACUGGGGAUUAUCCUUCCAGUUGCUAUCAUUGCAUUCGCAGAUUGAGGGGUUAUGACUCGGUCAACGCUGCGACCGACCUACUUUUACACGGGCAGACUCCCGAGACUGCCAACAUGUACACAUCGCUGGCUGGUGCGGCGGCUACAGCUUAUGGUCAACAGCCUUUUCAAGCUUCUGAAUACCCCAGUCAGCUACCGCAAGACCGUGAGACAAUGAUUCCGGGAGAUUGGUUCGAUGGCCUGUAUGUGUACGACAGGGUGUCACCACAAGGAAUUGCUAUUCAGUCGGCACAGAGCGCGAACUAUCUCCCAGCAGAAAGUGAACAACUGGAACAUACUUUGAGAGCGCACUUGGAGCAGUACUCAGCUCAGCAAUACCCGCAGAACCCACCUCAACAGGCAAAUCCAGAUUUUGCGGGACAGCCAGCUCAACUUCUUGCGCAGCAGCCUGAACAGUACGGAGGGACGCAAAUACAGCCCACGAGCUUCUUGACUGCAGACUGGCAACCACAGCCUACGCAGCCUGCAGAUGACACCAGUACUCAGCUUAGUGGGAGGAGCGGUUCCCGGAGCCAAUCACGCACCACACGUAGCGGAUCGCGAAGUAUUCGCGGUCGAUCACCCGGCAACGGCAGCUACGAGUGCACUGACUGUUCCCGAAGGUUCCAGCGACGGACGGACCUCGAGCACCACAGGCGCUCCCACACAGCGAACGAAGAACGGCCGUUCCGAUGCACCCACGAAUCAUGCGGCUGGGCCUUCCUCUACCCAAAGGACCUCGAGCGUCACGUGCAGAAGCACCGUGCAAAACCGAGACAGGUUCCUUGCAUGAACGAGAACUGCAGUAAGAUGUUCACGCUGCCGUAUAACAUGCGCAGGCAUUAUUCGAAGAGCCACGAGAGCUAGGCUGGCCCUUGGCUCUCGACGGCGACUGGUUCAUCUGAGUUUUACUGGUGAUUGGCGAAAGAGCAAGGUUGGUCAUGCUGCGUGGUUGUCACGUGGCUUUGUUAAGUGUGCAGUAUUCGAGCGGAAUUGCGGUCGCGGGGGCUAAUACCAGGGAUUGGGUCUGUGUUGUUUCAUUUGAGCGCGCGCUGGUCGUGUCUCAUUUAUUCCUGUCUUUUAUCUCUUUUUUCAUCUCUCUACUUCCACUUACGGGUAAUGACGUGACGGGGCACGGGAAACGCAUGAAGCAAUGUCAGCACGGCUGGUCCGGCUGCGUGGCUUGUCGAUGUCGAUAUGAUACAGCUGUGCUAUGAAUAGACGACGUUG